GUGAAAAACCCGGAUACCUGAAACAUAUUUCAGUUCAAUUUAAUAUAUUUCAUUGAAAAAAAACUCGCUUUAGUGAAAAUAAAAAAAAGUAAUCGAACAGACCAAAAAUUUGCUGAACGCUGUCAUUUCAUCUUUAUUUUCCACCUUCACCACGUAUUCACCACGAAAAUGACAUUUCAAUUUUUGUUUGUCACAAACGUUUAUUUACAUACAAACGACUUGCUUUUUGGUUUUGUUUCAAAAAUAUAAACAACAUUUCAAAUGUCUCAUCCAGAGCCACAUAAAACUAAGAAAUUAGUUUGUUUGUCUGUAAAAGACAAAUUAAAAAUUUUAAAACUACUCGACGAUGGUGAAACCAGGAAAAAUAUUUACUCCAAAUUCAAUUGCAGUGCGCCGACGGUAUCUAGAAUAAUUAAACAAAAAGAUACAAUCCUUAAAGUGGCUGCCCAAAACCAAAAUUUAUUAAGGAAACGUCAGCGCACUGGAGCACAAAAGCAAGUGGAUAAAUCUUUGUCCAUUUGGUUUAAAGACAUGCGCUCUAAAAACGCCAUAAUAACUGGGCCAAUGCUCAUGGAUAAGGCAAAAAGUUUUUCUUUGAUGCUGGACGUCGACUUUGAGCCGACAAAUGGAUGGUUAGAUCGAUGGAAAAAACGAGAAAACAUCCAAUUUAAAAAGCUUUGUGGAGAAAAAAAUUCGGCUGACACAGUUGCUGCUAAUGCUUGGCUAGAAAAUGUGUGGCCAGACAUUCGUCAAAACUACGAUCCUGAUGAUAUUUAUAAUGCGGAUGAAUCCGGGCUAAUGUUUAAGGCUCUACCAACGGGUUCAUUGGUGAACAGAACUGAACACCCUUCAGGAAUGAAGUUACCAAAGGAUCGUAUUACGAUCCUUUUUGUUUCGAAUUCAACUGGAACAGAUAAAAUGAUUUUCUGUAUCGGUAAAUCUCGUAAUCCAAGAUGCUUUAACAAAAACACGAUUCCUGUUAAAUAUUAUGCUAACACCAAAGCUUGGAUGACAAGUAACAUUUGGACGAUGAUCAUGCAAGAUUUGGACAACACAUUUAAAGCAAAAAAAAAAAAGGUUUUGUUAAUUGUGGACAAUGCUUCUUGCCACAAAUUAGAAUGCGAUGUUAAUUUGGGAAACAUUAAAAUUGAUUUUUUUCCCCCGAAUGCCACCUCUGUCAUGCAACCUUUGGAUCAGGGAAUUAUACACUGCUUUAAGGCCCAUUACAGAAGAUGUAUAACAAAGAAGCAACUUCUUCAUUUGGAUAAUGGGGAAUCCCUAUCUGAUUUUUCAAAAAAAAUAAAUUUACUGAUUGCGUUAAAAAUGAUAAAAAGAGCCUGGUGGAUGGUGACUCCUUUGACCAUAAAGAACUGUUUCCGAAAAGCUGGUUUGACUUUUAACAGUGAUGAAGAAGUAGAAGUAGAACCAGUAGAUGAAGAAAAUAAUUUUCCGACAGCAAUAAGAGAAGAAAUUGAUUAUCUUGUAAAUAUAGAUCAGGAUCUUCCUUGUUUUGGCGACAUGACAGACGAAGACAUUAUAAAUGAGGCAGCACUACAAUUCGAAGAGCUUGGAGACAACAGAUCUGCAUCUGAAAAUGAUUCAGAUGUGGAAAUUUUGGGUUUUCAGAAACCAACACUCCAAGAAGCUUUUAAAUCUCUCGGUGUUCUUAAGCAGUUUUCGGAUGAAAUAUCAACCUCAGAAUCUGAUUCAAGCAUGGUUCUUGAAAGAGACGAUAUCAUGACAGAUGAGGAUUCCGAUAAAACUGAUGAUAUCAAUGAUAUUGAGAAUGAACAGCUUGAGCCAGAGGAUCCCAUCAGAGAUGCUAUUCCAGGUGAUUUUAUUUUAGUUGAAUUUAAAGGAAAGCGAAAUUUCGUAUAUUAUGUCGCUAAGAUCUUAGAGCUUGAAGAAAAUGGAUACCAAGUGGCUAACCUGAGAAAAAAAUCGAUGAACCAAUUAAUUUUCUCACUGCCAGACGUUCCGGACAAAGCUACUGUUCUUAAAUGGGACAUAAAAAUGAUUCUUUCUAAACCAUCUGACAUUGGAAGCACUUCAAGACCAAGAAAUUCAAAUUUUUCAUUUAAUUUCAACUUUUUAAACAUGGAUGUUCGCUAG